AUGGAUAUUAUACAUAAUACGACAACUGUAACUACUAGUGAUAGUAGUAAUCCUGGAGAUGAUCUUAAAUUUGGUAUUGUUAAAAUAUGUUUAUUUAGUACAUUUUUUGUACUUGGUCUUAUUGGUAAUUCUCUUGUAUUAAUUGGUAUUGGCCUUAAUAAAGGCAUGCAAACAUCAACGAAUUUAUUGAUAUUUAACUUAGCACUUGCUGAUAUUUUGUUUAUUAUUGUUUGUAUACCAACGACAUUAUUUAGUUUUUUUGGUCGUUGGCCAUUUACUGAAAUUGGUUGUAAAUUAGCACAAUUUAUCACUCAUCUAUCUGCUUUUAUGAGUAUUUAUUUACUUGUAUUUAUGUCAAUCGAUCGUUAUUUUGCUGUUGUACAUGCUGUAGAUUCAAUUUCAAGUUAUCGAACAACAAAAAAUACAACUAUUUCUAUUGUAGCUCUUUGGUUAAUUGGUAUUAGUAUAAGUAUACCGAUUGGUUCAUUAUUUACAGUUAUUGAACCUGAUUCAUCCGUUUCUAUGUAUUGUCUUUUACGUUAUUUACAAAUGGAAAAUAAUGAUUCUUCGGAAUCUCUUCUUCUAUCGAAUACAACACAAAGUCCACCAUUACCAAUUGAAGCAAGUUUUUAUUGGCUUGGUUUUGUUGUAUUUUUAUAUGCACUUCCAUUAACAAUAAUUGUUAUUCUUUAUGGUUUAAUGUUAAAAUUUUUACGUGGAGCACGUGGUCAAUCAGUUGGUAAAAGUAAACGACGUGCUACACGUAUGAUAUUAGCUGUCAUAUUAACGUAUGCCUUAUGUUGGUUUUUUAUGCAAUUAACAUUUAUAUCUAAUGUUAUACUUUCAAGAAAUACGAGUCAUCAUUUUAUAACCUAUAUGGAUAUUUUAACAACAUUAGCAAAUGUAUUUGCUUAUUUAAAUUCUUGUACAAAUCCAAUUCUAUAUGGAUUUAUGUCAAAAAAUUUUCGUUCAUCAUUUAUUGAUUUACUUUGUUGUCGUUAUUCUCAACGAAAUAUUUUCGGAGCGAGUGAAAGUAUAAGAACUCGACAUAGACUUGAUCAAAACAAUAAUAAACGUCCGUCAUCAAAUUAUAAAAGUGAUUAUUUAGUACGAUCAUCAAAUACGUCACGUUUUACACAUGCAACUCCAAUGAUAACUACGAUUGCACCAACAACAUCAACAUCUUUAUCACGUAUGGUAAAUGAAUUAUCUCCUAUUAUGUCAAAUAGUGAACGAAAAAUGUCCAUUGAAAAUGAUAGUUCACAACAUAUAAUUGUUGAAUUAAGUGAAACAAGUCGUCGACGAACUCAAAGUGAUCAAUCACCGGUUGAAUCUUAUUGUUCAUAUGAGCCGCCAGCCUAA